AUGGCGGAAGCUUGCGGAGUGAGGAGGAUGAAGCUGGGAAGCCAAGGACUUGAGGUAUCGGCGCAAGGUCUUGGUUGCAUGGGCCUCUCCUCCUUCUACGGUGCUCCGAAACCGGAAACUGAAGCCGUCGCUCUUCUCCACCACGCUAUUAACUCCGGCGUCACUUUCCUCGACACCUCCGACAUAUACGGUCCUGAGACCAACGAGUUGCUCCUCGGAAAGGCUCUGAAGGAUGAUGGGUUGAGGGAGAAAGUGGAGCUUGCGAGUAAAUUCGGAAUCAGCUUUGCAGAGGGAAAGAGAGAGAUAAAGGGAGAUCCUUUGUAUGUGAGAGCUGCUUGUGAAGCUAGUUUGAAGCGUCUAGAUGUAAAAAGCAUUGAUCUUUACUAUCAGCAUCGGAUCGAUACUCGUGUCCCUAUUGAAAUCACUAUGGGAGAGCUCAAGAAGCUAGUUGAAGAAGGUAAAAUAAAGUACGUUGGUUUGUCUGAAGCCUCUGCUUCAACCAUCAGAAGAGCGCAUGCUGUUCAUCCAAUAACCGCUGUGCAGAUAGAAUGGUCCUUGUGGACGAGAGACGUUGAAGAAGAGAUCAUACCGACCUGCAGAGAACUUGGGAUUGGAAUUGUUGCUUAUAGUCCUCUGGGAAGAGGCUUCUUUGCAUCAGGACCUAAGCUUGUUGAGAAGCUAGACGAUAAUGACUUCAGAAAGACUCUACCAAGAUUCCAGCAAGAAAACUUAGACCACAACAAGAUUGUUUACGAGAAGGUUUGUGCAAUCUCUGAGAAGAAAGGAUGCACUCCUGCACAACUAGCCCUCGCAUGGGUUCAUCACCAGGGAGAUGAUGUUUGCCCCAUCCCGGGAACCACCAAGAUCGAAAACCUCAACCAGAACAUUGGAGCUUUAUCGGUGAAACUCACUCCUGAAGAGAUGACUGAGCUCGAGGCCAUUGCUCAACCAGGUUUUGUGAAAGGAGAGAGACACGGUCACAUGAUGGCAUUGGCUAGUUUCAAGAACUCAGACACUCCACCAUUGUCUUCUUGGAAACUCUGA